UUCUCAUCCUUCAAGCCUCAAUCCAAAUAAUCGCCAGUUUGUCAACAUCUCAAGCAAGGGGAAAGACAGCAGGCUUUCAAUGUUCCGCAAAAGCUUUCGAUUUGUUUAAAGCCGGGCAUAAGCUCUCCGAAGAUGGCUCAAGUGUCUUAUCUCUUCUCUCGAUCUUUUGGUGUACUUGCUGCUCUUACAUCAUGCUUGCACUUUUCAAUGGCGCCCAAGUUUUCCUCUCAUCUUCAGCAUUGCUCACAUUAUCCUCUUUCGUUUCUGCUGCACAAACAUCGUUCCAAAUCAACGGGCACAAGUACAGUGUUGACAAUAUAAUUACAAGAGAUAUUAGCAUCAUUGGAGGUGGAUCUUCUGGGACAUACUCGGCAAUACAACUUCGAGACGCUGGUAAGAGCGUGGCUGUGAUCGAACAGACCGGACGUCUUGGUGGGCACACACAAACCUACAUCGACCCGACUACAGGCACUCCCAUUGACUAUGGUGUUGAUUUCUUCCACCAUCUCGAGGUUGUUACAAAUUACUUCGCACGUCUUAAUGUAUCAUUGACUACAUCGUCGACCGGCGCAUCAGGUAUCAUACAAGAUUAUGCGGACUUUGCAACGAGCACGCUUGUCGCAGCUCCAACCGGAAACUUGACAGCUGCUCUUGGCAUAUGGGCUGAACAGAUCGCAAAAUAUCCUUACCUAGACUACGGCUUCGAUCUGCCAGACCCAGUGCCAGAAGACUUCCUCCUCACAUUUGUCGAAUUCGCUCAGAAAUAUAAUCUCAGUGCACUACUGCCUUUCGCUUGGACGUUCACACAAGGUGUAGGCGACUUUAGGAAAACACCGAUGUUGUAUUUUCUCAAAGGAAUUGGACCGGAGGAUCUAUCUGACCUGCAGAACGGGUUUCUGACAACAGCACUGCACGAUAAUAGCUUGCUCUACCUCUCUGCACAAAAUGUGCUCGGGUCUGAUGUUUUCUACAAUAGCACCAUUCUCGAUGUCGAACGCUCUAACAGAAAUGGAGUUUCCAUAAUCGUCAAACAAGGCUCAAAGCUCACACUCAUCAAAUCGACUCAGCUGGUCGUCGCUAUUCAACCCACACUCUCAAAUCUCGCUCCCUUCGACCUCGCAGACAGCGAGAGCGACAUCUUCGGAAAGUUCAAAUACACACAAUACGUCACAAGCAUCCUCAACAACACUGGCAUUCCAUCAAAUGUCUCCAUAAACGGCAUCGACCCCUCCCUCGAAUUCUCCAUCCCCGCUCCACCCGCACUUUACGGAACAGUAACAACGGGACUCCCAGGCUUACAACAUGCAUAUUACAUUGCGACAGAUCCCUCUACCACCGACUCCGAAAUCGAAGCUGCGAUCUUGUCACAAGUGAAGAAUAUCCAAUUCCCAGGCAAGCGAUCUUCAAACCCGGAUAUUGUGGUUAGUAGUAAUCACCAACCGUUUACGCUGCAAGUCGGUGCGGAUGAUAUUAAAGACGGGUUUUAUAAGAAGUUGUAUGCGUUGCAGGGGAAGCGGAGGACGUGGUGGGUAGGAGCGACUUGGCAUACACAUGAUAGUAGUUUGAUCUGGAGGUUUGUGGAGGGGCUGUUGCCUAACGUUACGGCAGCGUUGUAGAGAGUGGAAUGUAACAUUUGGUGUGGGAGGAGUUUGUGUUAGUU